GACGGGGAUUGCUCGUGCUCAGGUGGCCCUGCAGCCACUGUCCCUCCGGGCCACAGACAAGUCCCGACCCCUGCCCCUACCUGCCCCUACCUGCCCCGCAGCCUGCCGCCGCCCCGGGGGCUCCCGGCGGCUCCGGCGCCAGGGCCUCGCUGCAAUUCGCCGCCGGGGAGCCCCCGCCCUUCCUCCGCCGCUUAAAGCGCGGCGGGCCCGCCGCGGAGCACAUCCUCCUGCACAGGGGAGCGGCCGUGGCCUCACGCCUCCGCGGCGGGUUUAUUUUUAGUUUUGGUUUUUUUUUUUUUUUUUUUUUUUUUUUUUUUGGCCUACUGAGUUUUCAUCCCAGUGAAUUUGGGGCAGCUUUGCUUUGCCUUUGGCCCCGUCGUUGCUGGACUAGCCAGCUGUCCCGCAGAGCUGCUCCGGCCCGCUUGAGGCUUCCUCAGGUGCGAUCCGGGCCGAGGCAGUGGAGCGCGGCGGCGGCACCAUGCCAGCCACCUUCUCCGGCCGGUGCCUGCGGCGCCUGCUGCUGCUGCUCUGUAUCAGCCUUUCGGGUGGAAACCUUGCAGAUCCAGCUAUGACAACACAAGAUUCCAGUCAGGCUCAGGUGAAUUUUGUGACUAAGACACAAGUUGGACGUGAAUCAUCUGGUCCAAAUGUUGCCGUACAAGAACUCAAGCCAGCAGGCAAGGAGAACUCGAAUAGUGUCUCAGAGCAUGAGAUGGUCCUAAUUGGUACUUCACUGGAAAAAAAAAUCUCUUUGCCCAGUCCAACUAAAGUUGACCUUACAUGCAAAUUAGAUAACAGUUCCCAUUUGGAAAAUCCCCAAGUGACUUGGAAAAAGGGGAGUGAAACAAUCAGUCACACCAGUAAAACUCCGAACAGCUGGACUAUCCAAGUGACCGUCUCAGACAGCAGUCAGCUGGGAAGUUACACUUGUAUUCUGAAAGCUGAAAAAGAAAUCAGUGCUAUGUUUCAUUUGCAAGUACCAAAGCUUGAAGGAAAGGAAAAACCUGUAAUCACUUAUGAAAGAGAUAAAGCUGUAAUGGUUUGUAAAACUGAGUAUAAUCCCAAGACUUGGUCCUGGUAUAUGGCCAAUGGAACUGAGCUGGUUCCCAUUGAUAAGAUUUUACGUACAGACAAGCUUCAGAUUAAGACACCAUCUCCCAAUGUAAACCGUCUGGAGAUACUCAACCUCACCAAGGAAGAUAGUGGUGUAUAUUGGUGUGAAGCUACUUUUGAAUUAGGGAACAGUCAAAUUAAGUUUGAACUUAAAGUUCUGUCCAUUGAGGUACCUCUCAAACCCUUUAUAGCAAUUGUGGCUGAAGUUGCUGUUCUUUUUACUACUAUUGUCCUGUAUGAGGUGUAUUCGAAAAGGAAAGGAAAAGGAAGUAAAAAAGAAUUUGACCAAAUUGACCAACUUAAAUCAGAAGUCACUACUGAGAAACAGAAGUAGUUCUAGGCAGAGAAGUAAAUCUGGUUCCUUAAAGGGAGAUCUAAGCCAACACAAGUGGAAGUUAUUGCAAAGCUACGAUGUAUCACAAAGAAGAUGUAUGCAGCUAUGGAUUUUAAACAUUCAUGAUGUUUUGAAGUAAAGUCCUCUGCAUUUGAGAAAUAAGAUACUUUUAAAAUGGUUCUGAAACUGCUCAUUUUAGAAGAUGAUAUGGUAUAUUUUAUUUAGACAUUUAUCUGUAACAUUUUACUACUAGCAGUUGUUUUUUUACUUUAGGCUUACUGUUGGUUUAUGAUUGGUCUGUUGGAUUUUUGUAUUCCAAACUAGUGUUGUAGUCACUGAACAAAAGGUUAAUAUAGAGUGGGCAAUGUAAAACUGGACUUGUAAGAUGAAAAUGUAUUUCCACCAAAGAAAAUGCUUUUUACUAGCUUAUGAAGCAAAUGUGAUGCAACCGUUUUUACCAAAGAAAUGGUGAAAGGGGACUCUUUAUCAGGACUUAAAUGAAACAUUGAAAGUUUCAGUUUACUCUGAAUCGUAAAAUAUCUUCAUUCUAACUUUUUGUAGCUUCAUUCUCAGUUCUACUAUAUUGUAGUCCUUAGUGGGCUCAGAUAUUUCAGAGUAUAUGGAAGAAGUAUUGGGGAUAUAGUACCUUAGACUAACUGCAAUGAUUCCUUACACUUGAAAAAAUUACAGCACUCUUUGGGCCUGCAAAACCAGAUUGAUUAUUAUAAUUACUAUAGAAUUCUGAGUUUUUAGGAAUAUACCUGUAUACUUUUUUAAUCAUACAUACUGUCUACUUGGUACUUCUGCUUCUUCCAGCAAACUGGUGUUUCUUAAACUCCUUACAAAACACAGAAUGGGUCUUGAGCAGCUAAAAUUUUCAGGACAAUAGGAUAAAGCAGCAUGGAUACCACUUCUUCUCUUACACAAAAUUUUUAACACUUAAUGAUUUAGAGUACCGCUUUAGAAGAAUUAGUUGUCAUAAUAUCAUUUAGUUAUAUUAUGCAUUCAGCAGUUGAAAAAUGUUCAGCUAAUAAGAAAACAGUUUGUUAUAUCAGUUGCCUUUGUUUGAAAUAACUAAAACUUAAAUUUUGUGAGGAAGAAGUAAAGUGUUCAGAAAAACAUUUUGCGGAGGAAAAAUGUAAGGAAAAAUGCGGCAUUUGCAGACUCCAUAAGAAAGUGAAAGAAGAAAAAAAAUACACAGAAUUUCUUUGUACUGUUCAUUUUUCUUUGAACAUAAAUGAAUGUAGAGAAAAACCAGGUUUAAUGCUCUUCCUUUAUUUUUUCUAUUUUACUGUUCUUAUGGGUUUGAAAAAUAUCAGAAAUCCUAUCCUAUCCUAAAUUGGCUGUUUGUUGGAAAUGGGAGAAAAAACCCAGUCUGAUGUAUGCUUUUUUGUUUUUUCAUAAUUAAUUUUCUAGUUUGAAGAACUACAAGUUAAAGUCCGAAUAAGACACAGUGAGAAGUAUAAAAGCAUUGGGUGAUUGUAAGGAGUGAAUGCUGAUAAAGUUUCCUCUUGCUUAGAUACUGUGUUUAUUGUAUUUUGCCUUGGAGUUUCUAUGCAAUGUUAAAUCCAGAAUGCAACUACAGUUUUUAUAUGAAUUUCUUAUUGAUAUAAUUUAUAUUUUUAUUGCAGCAAGUAAAUGGGGGCAGUUUUAAAAUGUACUUCCAUAUAUUGUAUGGUAAAUUUUAGAGUAGUAAUUUGUUUUUUGUAGGCAGUUAAAUAGUAAAAAAAAGGUCUUAAGUCUUACUCUUAGAUCUUAAGUCUUAUUUAGAGAUCUAAGAAUAAUAUUCUGAAUAAAGCAACAUUAAUAUGUUUUGCUAUGGAAAUGGAGUGAGAUACUGUUUUGAAAAAAGCCCAACACUUAAUCAGAAGUGGUUAUAAUCUUUCUGCCUUCACUUAGCACUCUUACCUGAUGUUUUUGCAGUUGGGCUAUAAAGUCUUGGCUAACAUAGGCAAGUUAAGUCAUAAAAAUAGAUAGUUUUUUGGCAUUAGCAGAUAAAACCUGGAUUAAGCAUGGAUUUUAGAAUCAACACAUCUUGUAGGUAUAUCAGGACUAUAUUAGUUUGGCUAAUAUGGCUGCUGAAACUAUAGCUUUGCCUUGACCUACCUCUAGCAUGUUCUGCUUGCUUUGUCUGAGGGGUUUGGUGUUUAUUUUUAGGUUGGUGAAUAGUUUUCAUCAUUGUAAGGGAUUUUAUUAUUUGCAUAUUCUCCUAGGUUUAAACCCUUUUGGGCUGCCUUGUGGAGGGGAAUGACACAUAACAUUGAAUGGUAAAUAUUAAGUGAUUGGCAUAGUUAAUGGUCAAAUUCAAAGGCAUAAACUCUACUUUUCUUGGUCCAAGUACCACAAAAAGCUCUGGAAAUCUUGAAAUUUAUCUUUUCAGAUGUGUUUUGUAUGUUCAAAACACUUCCAAUGCAGUUGCUUUAUGGCAACCCGAAGACUCUAGGCAGUGAUUUAUUUAAUUUUUUACAUCAUUCAAGCCAGGAGAUACCAAAUAAGAUCCAAAACUAUUGUGAAAUGUCCUUCAUACAACAGUUGGAGUGAAAUGUAAGAAUCAAAAAAAUCAGUUUUAAGAAUAAAAUAUUAAUCUGUAAUCCUAACUUAGGUGGAUAGACAGAAUCUUAACAACUACAACUAUUUGGCAAAUCUUAUCUUCCAGGAUUAAAACCUUUUUUUGCAAGAGGGGCUAUUUUACUGGAUUUUAGACCAGCAAUAACCUUGUCAGUUUGUUAGAGGAAAAGGUUGAAAUCUGCAAAAGAAUCCUGAAGGGCUGUUUCUUAACACUUCAAGGGCUUCACUCCAAAUUCUUCCUGCCCUUAGGUCCAAAGUAGACACAAGCAGCUGUGAGACCAAAUUCCUAGUGAAGAUGCACAAACAUUAGAAGAGCUUCCAAACUGGGGGUUCAAAUAAACGUGCAUUAAUAUUUCUUUAGUAUGGAGACCUAAGCAUUGCACUGCAGUUCAACAAAAUUGAUUAGCUCUAGGUCCUUUGACACAUGUAAUCCUGGGGAAGAGAGGGAAUACUCAUCAGUACUGAAUCGGCAUCCAUGUGCAUGUAACUCUUUCAGCCCGAGAAAGUUUAUAAUCUGCCUUUAAGUUGCACCUCAGAACCUUUAAACAGUGACUGCUGAGCAAUGAAAGCUGAAAAGAAGCUGACUGGUAUCUUAAGGGCAGGGCAGGUUUUUCAGGUGAGUUGUAUCCCAAGUGUUGAGCUACCCAGCGUGUGUUGUCUGACCACAGUUCACCGCGUGAUGAUUCAGUUCUAGCUGGAAGAUCCGCAGAGCCAGGAUGGUGCAGAUACUGAGGAAGAAACCAGUUGAGAAUGUUGUAGGGUUGUGGGAAGGAGCUGCAUGUUGGUGUUCUGUAGGGCUCCUGAGGGACAGCCAGCAGAAGCUGAAAUGACUUGCAAUUAGACACGUACAGGAAAGACUGAAUGCAAAUCUGAAGGAGAAAACAUAUUUUCAGUUGUACCAGUCAGAUGGUAGGAAGUCCUGUACAGCAGCUGAAAACAAUCUGCCAUUGCUAAGCACUUGGACAGAUGAAAGCACGAAGUUAAAUGAGGUCUCAUAAAAUAACUAUAAGUUACGUGCUUAGAAAAUACUUCUCUGCAGUUUAACAGUUUUGUAGUCUUGUUACUUCAUUAUACUAGAAUGUGCAUUUGUAGUUCUUUGUGAAAAAACAAACCAAGUUCCAAACUUUACAGCUUCUGACUGAAGGUCUUGAUCUGUCAAAGUUUACUGUUGGCAGUUGUAUAAUGUUUUUAGUUGUAUAAUGGUUGUCCUGUCAUAUCCAAAAUUACCUCCUUACAGAAACUUCAUUUGUUUUGUUUUUGCAUUCAGUUUCAUAUUUAACCAAAGAGAUUUUGGGGGUUUUUUAUUACUUAUGAAAGUAUUUCUAUCAACUGCGUUGCUGAAUUAUUUUUAGAUUGACAUUAGAAGUUAACAGUGCCUUGAAGGAAGAAAUCUGUUUAUUGUAGUUAAUUCUGUUUUUGUCUUUUAUAAUAUGUUUGUUAAAAGUUUUCCUCUGAACUUGACAGCGAAAUCUGUUUUUCUAGUGAAAGACUACUAAGCCUAAUGCUUUUUUCAUGCUUGCCUUAUUUUACAUUCUUAUUUUAUAUUCUGUGCUCACUCAACUGUUCCAUUGUAUUGCUUAAGAAAAUUUAAAUGCUCUCUGUUUGUUUGAUGUAUAUCCGAUAAUGAGGAUGUUAGUUAGGAAUAGUGUGAAUUGAUAUAAGUACUUUAGAAAUAACUUCAAUAAAUUUAACCAUAAAGUGUUUCUCUAAGACACUAGGAAUGAUAUCACAAAGUCAAACUCCUGGUUUUAAUUUUUUUUUUUUUUUUAUUUCUCCAUAGCCUCAGAUCUUUAGAUCCAGACAGCUUGAUUACCCAACUGUCUUUACUUAGAUCUGUAACCUCCUAGAUGCAAAUUCUCAAAGAUAAAGUAAAAUCUGAGUAAUUCCUUGUAAAAUGCACACACUGCACCUAGCCUAGAUUCAUACUUUGUAACUUGGACAUAAAAUUUUGGAAGUUGCAUCUGGUGUUUCACUGUAAUGGGAGAUGGUGCUAAAGGAUCUAUUCCAGCAGAAGAUAGUCUAAAUAGAAUAUUAAUUAAACCAGCUAAGUAUCACCCUGUAUCAAUCCUAAUUUUUUUUUGUAAAGCACAAGAUAUCAAAAUGCAUUUACAUGGUGUUUGUUUUCCCAUGAAGAUAAAUCUCUGCACUUGCCUUGGAAAUUGAGGUAAACACGUUUUUUUCCCUCCUACUUAUCAGUUGAAGGAAGACUAAGGACAUUUCAUUAAGUUGUCCCCUUCAUAUAGUCAUAAAUGCAUAAUAGGACAUUUUGUUAGUACAUAAACUGUGCUGUGUUAUGUAACAUAUCCUUGCUCAUUACUGUUUUUGUCAA